CCACAUCCUUCGGUAAAGGUUUUGGGUAUACUUGCUUUCGUUUUGCUGCAGCGACACCUGACAACAACGUCUCGGACCACUUCCUUCUCUCUCACAAAUGGAUUCAUUAUUGUAACGGUUUAUCCUGUGCAGAUGCGUCUGAGAAAACGGAGGACGUUAAGAGUUAAACAGAAGAUAGCGCGCGCCCCUCCUCUUGUGCCUCAGCGCAUCACUGCCUGUUUCAGGGCUCGCGCGGACCUUCUAGUAGUAGUAGUGAAUAAAGUCAGACUCGGCACUGCGGGACCGUCGUAAUCACGGUUGUGCUUGAAAUGUUUUUAUGUACGUAAAGAAAACGACCAUACUUUGAGUUUGAAAACCAUCCUGGAAGUAAAGAUGCUCUAAUGAGACGUCGUAAACAGAUUAAAUUAAGGUGUCAAUGGUUUUCACAGAGACUUUGUGACGGACGUGAUGGCUGUGCAGGCUGCGGUCAUGAAUCCUCACUUCAUCCCCUUCUGUUUUCCUGGUUCAGUGGUGGAGUACGAAAUUGGUAAACAAUACGACAACGGUACUGUUUUUGGGGAGCUGGACAAUGGCACUGGGGACGAAUUCAGAGAAACGACCAGAGACCUGUUGAGUUUCAUUGACUCUGCUUCGAGCAACAUCAAACUAGCCCUGGACAAACCAGUAAAGUCAAAGCGCAAAGUGAACCACAGGAAAUACCUGCAGAAGCAGAUCAAGCGGUGCUCCGGCAUCAUCUCCUCAGGAAACGAGAGCCCUGAUGCUAAUAAAAGGCAACUCGGAUCUCCUAGAAGUAUCUCUCCGCUAAGUAACCAGAGUACCAGCACUCAGCAAAACAAACCUCCUCCAAAACGAGAAGGUGCACAGGCUAGUCUGCAGAGCAAAAGUUUGGAUGCGCUUUUCGGUCCCACCAAGGAGCUCCGGGGAGACCAGGUUAAGGGAAAGAAAGUGCCACUGAGGAACCGUAACCUGCCACCUUCUUUCUUUACCGAACCUGCUAAUACCUGCCAGCUUGGUCCAGUCUCCAAUGCAACGAUGCUCAGAGACCUGGAAGCUAGAGUUGAAAGUCCGGAAGCUGCUGAUCUCCUCGAACUUUUGGGUGGUGGUCCUGACUACACUAACAUUUUGCAAACUGAACUGCAGCCGGAAUUGUUUGUGACUGGCGGCCAAUCCCGCUCAAUAGUACCGGUGCAGGAUCUUACUUCAGAGAACCUAGGGUUGUACGAUCCGCACCAGCUUUUGGGGGGCUUCCUAUACCAUGAUUCAUGGAACCAGGCAUACAGCCCUAAAAAGAGCAGCAACAGCCCUUCUAUCCCCGCCUGUGGACUGAGUCCCAGUAACAGCUCUCGUGCUAUGCUGCCCACCUUGCAAACAUCUUUAUAUCAUGGACCUACUGACUUGGUGUCUGGACUGGAGGACACUUCUCUGACACCUGUGGCUCCCUUCUUCCCUGACUGUCCCCUUCCUCAGGUGUAUGAUUAUGGCACGAGCUACAACAGAGCUGGAUAUUCAGUGAUUUAAAUUUAAGGAAGGUCACUUGUUGACAACUUUGGGCAAUGUGUGUCCAAUGCACCUCAAAGCCCAGGCUUAAUUAUAAAUCGUGACCCCUUAUAGUUUUUAUUUACUUUUUUUGUGUUUUGUAAUUGCUAUCAGGUGAUGUGCAUUAUUGCAGUAGCAUUUUUAGGUUGGGAUAUUUAACUAAAUGCUCCCCCAGUAAGCAUUCAUGAAUACGGCAAUUAGAUAAAAAAAAGAGGAUAGUGACAAUGACAUGAGACGGUUUUAUUAUUAUUUCUUUUAAUUUAUUUUGCUUGCAGGGGGCCACAGCUGAAUGAUUUCCUUCUGAACAGCCUAAUUCAAUUAGUUCUGUCUUGCAAAACAGCUUGUAACCUGUUUUAUUGUGACACUAGUAGGAACAUUCAGCUGGUUUGUAAGUGCUGUGAAAAGCUAAAUUAAUUUGAAUUAUCAAAAGCAGUGUAAAGAAGUAAUAUAGUAAACCAGGUUGAUGUCAACCUGUUUCUAAACAUAAGUAAACAACUAGAUUAUUUUCCAGACCUAAGAUGACACAUCAUCACAAAUGAAGAAGAACAUUUUUGCAGGCAUUGUCCCAUUUCAGACUGCUUAAAAUAUGGCUGAUUGUUUUUUUUGAGGUUAACCACCAGAAAUCCCUGCUCAGUCCUCAGCCUAAGUCUCUGAGCUAACAACUUGGGGUUUUGUCACAUUAUGUACUUUGGGUGAAUGAGAUCAAUUCAGUCAGAUAUGUGCCUCUCCAUUUGUGUCUGCAGCACAUGUAUUUUAAACCAGACAUGCUAUUAAAUGUUAUGUAGUUUAAACUCUGUUAAGUUAAAGCAAACAGCUUUAAAAAUCCAUUGCAGUCCUCUUGCUACAUUUUUAACACAAUUCAUUGCAACAUAUAAAAUCUUGCUGCAGGUAAACUUGCUAAGGUAGAUUUUCAUCUGAUGAAGUUUGUACGAAAACGUACUAUUACUUGUUAUAGUGUUAAUGUGUUUAGGCGUCUUCUAUGUGUUAGAAUUUUUAAUUUUGGUUGUCGUGGUAUAUUAAGUUGUACAUCCUUAUUUCGGACUCGGACCCUUAUUUGGAUCUCAUUAGCGAACCUUUGAUUGUGUUCCUGGUUUUAUUGUUCGCUUACAUCUCCGUUUUUGGUUUAGAUUUUCAUGUGUGUUGCUUGACGAAAUCUGUAUCUUUUGCAGGUAACUUGAUUGACAUAAAAGGAAAUUGUGAAUUACA